AUGACAGAAGAGGCCGCUCCAGGAGAGGAAGGUGAGCCGUACUGGAUCAUGUGGAUCCGGCUGGCCUCACUCAAAGUGGUUACAGAAGCUCUGUAUCCGGCAACUCCACUGGAACUCCGUAGAAGUCUGGAAGUGGUAAUCUACACUCCUCUCCUCAAUCAGGGUCGCGAGACUACGACCGGGGCCGCGGAAGGUCUCGUGACCGCUACCGAAGCCGCAGCCGCGAUCGGAAUGAUCGCCGGGAUCGCGACAGAAGUCUCCGACGAGCUUUUGGGCCAGGAGGAAGGCCCAGUGGAAACUGGGGCGGAGAUUGGGUUUGCAAGAAAUGCGACUGCAGCAAUUUCGCGAGAAGAGAUGAAUGCUUUAAGUGCAAUGCGAAAAAGCCAGCUGACUGAGUUCAGAUGGUUUAAACAUGUUUUAGUUUGCGGCUAA